CGAAGACACGUAUCUAAGUGCGCUGCCUCUGCACCUGCGCAAUCUACUGCUCCUUCCCUACUAACCAUGGCACCGCUGCAUUUCCUCAUCCUGCUCGCCAUCGUCUCCUCAUUUCCUUAUUCCACUGCAGCGCCGGAUUUAACGUUGACGUUUUCGGCAGGAGUCUUAGUGCCCAUUGGACCAUACUACUGCUCUACUACGGGCAACUACACCAUUAAGAGCCCGUACCAGGUGAACCUCGGCAAACUCAUGGACGACCUCCAGUCGGGUGCCAUCGCCAACCGCGCCGGCUUCAAUUACGCUGUUGCCGGUGAGGCGCCCGAUGCUGUGUUUGGUCUCACUAUGUGCUACGCCGACCGUAACUGGACCCAGUGCCAGAACUGCCUCCAACCGGCGACCACUGGAGCGGAGCUGAUUUGCCCAUUCAGCCGGGAGACGAAGGCCCGCGAAGACGCGUGCGUGCUCCGGUACUCCAACGAGUCGUUCUUCUCCGUCGCCGAUCUGACAUGAG